GGGACGCAAUUUGUGAUAGCUGGAAUACAAAAUGAAUUUCGAAGAGGCUUCAAACUACAUCAAGGUGGUCUUAUUGAUAAUGAAUGGCGGAACGUUCAUUUUAAGAAGAUUAAUACACAAGGUUGUGAAUGAAUCAAAGAGAACACUUGAUAACUUUUUAUCUCAAAGUGAAGAACAAUUAAGAAAAAAACUGAAUACAAAACAAACCGAAUUAGUUUUUCCAGGACAGGGGCAAACAAGAGACAUAAAUGAAUGGGAUAUCUCAUUACUGAUCUUGGUUUUACUAGAGGUAUUUCAGGGUUAUUUCAACGGUCAAGACAUACUGUCGAUAAAAGAGAUAAGAGGUCAAAGAAAUAAGAUAAUUGGACAUAAAUCAAAUGCAGUGAUGAAUCAGAAGGAAUUUAAUUCACAUUGGUACAUGACUUUACGUGAACUCAAAUGUUUGGCAGUUUUAUUACCUGCCGAAGACCAAAAAGAUCUAAACGACAUAGAGACAAGUAUAUAUCAUACUCAACUUAUACAAGAUUUAAUAGAGCAAAGUGAUGAGAUUAAGGAAUUGGAAUCGUCUGGCGUUAAAGAAAGGAUUAUGCAAUUAUGUGCCAAAGAAAUAUCAGAAAAUGAGAACUUAAAGGAGCUUCUUUAUGGAAGAUUGUUAGACAUAAUGAAGGAUAACGAACAAAAUAAAGAACAUGAAAUAGGCAUCACUCUCAGAUUAUCAGUAAAGACAGGCAAUCGACAAAGCAGGAAACAUGCACAGCAAUCCAUCCUGGAAGCAUCUAAUCAAGUUAUAUCUAAGGACGGAAAUACCGAUGACGACAUGGUAUCGGCUACUAAAAGAUUGUUUUCUGAAAUAGAAAACCUGGAUGUAAAAAUUAUCAAAGUAGAUGAGGGAUCAAUUUUAUUAAAAGUCCGUUGUUCGACAAGAAAGUCAAUAUAUGACAUGAAACAUUAUUUGACAGGGCCAAUUGUAACAGACACGUUAUUGUGCUUAGAAACAGCUGUGAAUAAAACAUGUUCUUGUAGAGCUAAAAUCACACUUAAUGUGGAUCUGGAUAGUCUUGAAAAGGCAAUUUCAACUUUAGAGAAGGAGAUGAAUACCGAUGUGGUUUAUCUAACUUUAGGCAAUGGAAGAUCCAGUGUAAAGAAAGCUGUUCGGUAUUUUGAGAGUUCUGAGUUUCUCAAAAACCUCAAUGAUUUAUCAGAAGCCGUUACAAAUAAAAUCGGAGAAAAAGUAGAAAUUUGUGCGGAAAUCGUUAACGAGAAGUUAGAGUCAGAAACAAGUAAAACUUGUCAGCUAUUUGAAGAGAGCCCGCCCAGUUCACCAAUGAAAAGAGGUCAAUAUAGUUCACCAAGAAGAGAUAGCUCUACUAGAGACAGUAGAGGGGAAGCUGUAACUAGCAGUAGCAGAGGAAGGUCAAGGAGUAGAAGUGGUUCAGGUGAAAGGGCAAGAGGGAUUGAAGGACCAGUUCAAAAAGCAGAUGAAAGCACGGUUGAUUUGCUUUCUGAAAGGGACAAAAGCAUGGAAGCGAUAGACAAAUUGACCAAAACACCGAAAAGUCAGUUCCCCCAAAAGACAAUGGCGAAAAAUCCAAGGUUGCAGGCCAAUAUGAUUUCAAAAUUGUUUUUCUUGUGGCUUAGCCCUAUCUUUGCGAUCGCAUCUAAAAGACGUUUAGAACAAGAUGAUAUGUUUGACAUAAGCGACGAUGAACGUUCAAAGAAUCUUGGAGACAAACUAGAAAGAGCAUGGUCCAAACAAGUAGAAAGUUGUAGAAAAACGAAAACAAAACCUAAGCUGUAUUUGUCAUUGAUAUCGGUAUUUUGGAAACCGUUUGUCUCAUAUGGAUUCCUGUUAUUUUUUGAGGAAGCUGUUGUCAUAAUACAACCUCUCCUACUCAGCGGAUUGAUCAGAUACUUCACGAAAAGUGCACCCUUUGUUUCGGAAACAGAAGGCUAUUUGUAUGCAGGAGGUAUCGGAUUGUGUGCUCUCAUCUUGGCUUUCACACAUCAUAUAUAUUACCUUGGAGUUCAGACGAUCGGCGUCAAAAUGAAAAUAGCAUGCUCGUCCCUUAUUUACAGACAGACAUUACGAUUAAGCAUUGAUGGUCGCCGGGAAACUACCACAGGACAAAUAAUUGACAUUCUUUCCAAUGACGUUUCAAACUUCACACAGCUGAUGACAAUGCUACAUUUUCUUUGGAUCGGUCCUUUGGAGAUUAUUGUUAUUUUGAUAAUCUUAUGGAUUGAAAUCGGACUACCCGCUGUGGCAGGAUUCGAAGUAUUGUUUUUAAUGGUCCCCAUGGUACAUUUGAUUGGAGAUCUGGUUACAAAAUACGAGAAAUCCUCGGUGAAAUACAGAAAGAACCGUAUCGGUAUUAUAAUUGAAAUUGUAAAGGCAAUAAAAGAGAUCAAACUAUAUUGUUUGGAAAAACCAUUCGGAGAACUUUUGAGGGAGGCAAGGAGGGGUGAAGUUAAAGAGCAGAAGAACGUGCUUUUCAUACAUUUUGUUCAAGACACCCUGACAUUUGCUUCCAAAUUCUUCUACAUUUUGCCUGUGAUGAUAUGGACGAUGUAUACAUCUAUAAACCUCCGUAAAUCCAGUGUGUUUUUGGCUCUUAGAAUAUAUGAUCACGCAGGUCACAUUGUUAGUAGAAGGAUGUUUCGUGCAUACACGUUACUCGUUAAAACUAAUGAUGUCAAUUUACAAAGUCUACAGACAUUUCUGCUGCUUGACAAACGGAAAGAGAGAACAUAUACAGAUCCAGAAAAUAAAGCAUUUGUUGAUAUCGACAUUAAACGUGCACAUUGGAAGGACAACGAAAAUACUACUUUAAGUAAUAUAUCUGCAAAAGUUGAACGCGGGAAGGUGUUGACAAUUGUAGGUCCGGUCGGUUGUGGAAAGUCUUCGUUACUGAUGGCAAUACUAAAUGAACUUAAAGUUCAGGAAGGUAAUAUAAAUGUCCAUGGUCGGAUGGCAUAUGCUAGCCAACAUCCAUGGCUAUUCUCAGGAACUCUGCAACAGAACAUUACAGUUGAUAAAACAGUUGACAAUGAAAAAUACCAGAAAAUACUUCUAGCAUGUGCUUUAGACGAGGAUUUCAGAAAGAUGGAUAAAGGAGCUGCAACAUUAAUUGGUGACCGUGGCAUUAAUCUCAGCGGUGGCCAAAAGUCACGUGUGAAUUUGGCACGUGCACUUUAUUGUGAUGCCGCUAUUUAUUUGCUUGAUGAUCCGCUUAGUGCUGUUGACUCUGAGACCGGACUACAUAUCUAUAGAAAUGUUAUGCAAGGACUUCUGAAAGAUAAAGUAACAAUUAUGGUCACACAUCAAAGGCAGUACAUACAACUCUCCGAUGAAGUCAUUUUCAUUUCUAAGGUAAAUCUACUCAUCUUUAUUUAUUGUUCAUCCCUGAUAUAA